GGCCGGCGGCGCCCACUUGAUCACGUGAUCCGCCACAUGUAAGAACUUUUUUCGGUGGUCGUAGCCUAGGUCUCAGCGCUCGCUCGUCAUGGGUCGUAUGCACGCUCCAGGUAAAGGCAUCAGCCAGUCGGCGUUGCCAUACAGACGGUCUGUACCAUCAUGGAUGAAACUGUCCGGAGAGGACGUGAAGGAACAGAUCUACAAGCUGGCAAAGAAAGGACUGAGUCCCUCACAGAUUGGAGUGAUAUUGAGGGACUCUCAUGGAGUGGCUCAAGUCAAACUCAUCACGGGCAACAAGAUUCUCCGCAUUCUCAAGGCCAAAGGACUUGCUCCCUCCAUACCUGAAGACUUAUACCACAUGAUCAAGAAAGCCGUCUCCAUACGAAAACACUUGGAAAAGAACCGCAAGGAUCGGGACAGCAAGUUUCGACUGAUUCUGGUGGAGUCUCGGAUCCACAGACUGGCUCGCUGGUACAAGACGAAGAGAGUCUUACCUCCGAACUGGAAAUAGUAAGUCUCCCCUUCAUUCACGUCUUCUGAUUAGUUCUCUUUCUCCUCCACAGUGAAUCCAGCACAGCCUCAGCAUUGGUUGCCUAGCCACCCACUCUACUGAUGUGGACAUGUACAUAGCGAUCUUUCUGUACAUAAUUAUUAUUGUGACAUGACAACUGUUAUCACUAAGUACGGUAGUACUUAGUAUACAAGUAAAAUUAAAAAAUCCUGUGAAUUUAAAAAAGAAGGAAUAUAGGGAUGGUGUAAAAAAGGAGACAAGAUAGGAUGGCAUAUAUACAAGAAUGGCAUGUAUAUACAUUGUGAGGUAUAGGGACACUCCCCGAGCCCACGACAC